GCUGAAAGCCGGGGAAGUUUGUAAACAAAGCCGGUGCGUAUGGAACUGCUUGAUCGAACAAUUUUUAAAAAGUGCAGCAAACACAUUGCCAUAAGACAUCACCAUUCUGGUAAAGCCAUCAGUGAAGUAAGCUACGAGCAGCUAUGGAACGAAAUGGAAAAGGUAGCGAUGGUUUUACGGGAACAGCACAUCGAAGGGAAAAUUAUCGGCGUACAAUUGUUGCACUGUCCCGCACUGAUUGCCGUUAUAGGAGGCAUUAUCAUCUCCGGUAACAGUUUCUACUGUGUAGGUUCACAUGCAAUCGAUCAGCUUUUGUCCGAGUAUGGUGAAUGUGCUUCAUACUUCUUGGAGGAGCUCGAACCAACCGGGGAGUGCGAUGAUCUGCAGAUAUUGUUGGGAUUAAGCGUUUUCGCGAAGCACCUGAUCCUUGCAGUCAGUGUAUCCCGCACGGUAUGCUACCCUGGGUUAGCCUUUUGUGUGCGAACCUCAGGUUCGACGGGUCGGCCCAAAACAGUGCUCGUGCCAAGCGCCUGCAUAAUGCCAAAUGUACUGUCGCUCACCGAUCGGUUAGAGUUGUGCGAGCGUGAUGUCAUUUUCGUAUGCUCGCUUCCAACGUUUGAUCCGUUUGUGGUCGACAUUCUAAUGGGGCUGCGGGCCGGUGCAACGCUACUGCUGGUGGAUAACUCAAUACGCUUGUCUGCUAAGCGUCUACUGUCCCGGCUCUUUCCGGGUGUGACGGUAAUGCAACUGACACCUUCCAUGUUCGCACGUUGGGAUAAGAUUGAUGUAUUGCAAGUUAUAUUUGGCCCUGCAACAACGCUCAGAAUUCUGGUUUUAGGUGGAGAGAAAUUUCCAACGUUCAAAAGACCGGCCGAAAGCCGAGUGCGUGUGUACAACAUUUACGGCAUAACGGAAGUUUCAUGCUGGAGUAUGAUUCAACAAGUGUGCCUCGAAAAUGAAGAAGAAAUUCCACUAGGAAAACCACUGGACCAUUCGAUAACGCUGCAGCUAAGAAACUUAGACGACGAACGUUUGCUAGCGGAAACAAAUACGAACGGCUCUAAAAUAGGUCAGCUCUACAUCGGCAGCAGUUCUAGGAAAUGUGCUAUACUUGGAAAUGCAGACGAAAGUUACGACACACUCUCUGGCGAAGGAGUCGUCUUCCGACCAACGGGAGAUGUGGUGGAACUUACCCAAGACGGCAAAUACUAUUACCGCGGCCGGAGUAAUCGGAUGAUCAAACGUUUCGGAUGGCGGGUUAGCUUAUCGGAAGUGGAAUCAGUAGUGCAAAGCCAUCCCUCCGUGCUGCAAUGUGCGUUGUGCUUCUUCAGUGAAAAAAAUAGUUUGGUGAUGUUUGUUAAAGCAGACAGCAAUGAUUGCGCAGUGGAAGAGACGCUUUGGCCCGAAAUGCGAGCUAAGUUAAGGCCUUCAAAUCUCCCAGACGAGCUGCAUCGGAUCGACAAGUUUCCUCUGUCUGCUCACGGUAAAGUUUGUGCUGAUGGUUUGCGACAGAUUUACGAACGGCUAAAACGGCAAACCUGCGCUGAUGAGAAAAUUUCAGCGGUGGAUUUUUUUCGAAAUGAACUCAGCACGAUGGGUAUUGCACAUGAUUGCGGGCUUGCUAAAGAUGGCGUAAGUAAAAAACUGAAAUUAAACACAUCGUUCAUCGAUCUUGGAGGAACAUCGUUUGCCGCUCUUCGUUUGCACACCGCUUUGCAAGACAAGUUUAAAGCACAAUUGCCAGAACUGAUUACACUGCUGAUAGACCCAUCGAUUCCGUUGGACGAGGCAUUCAAAUAUGUCGAAAGGAAUGUUACAACUAAAAGCAUGCGUCCCGUGGAAGCUGAAGCGAGCAAGCAUGAAACUUCGAAUAGUGAUUUGCUAACGAUCGUUUGUCACUACAAUUUGAAGAAGUGUAUAGAUUCCCGUGCGUCAAUAAUGUUUUGCGAAAAAUUCGGCCAUAUCCUAACGAUUGGCAGUCAUUCUGGGAUAGUAUUAACGAUAAUUGUCGACACAAAUGCAGUCGUUUCAAGGAUUUUGCUACCAGACCGUGUGGAAUGUGCCGUCAGUUUUCUCACGCUCGAGAACAACGUUGUACGGGGUGUGGUAGGAUGCUACGACGGGUUUUUGUAUUGCUUCGAUCCGUUCGAUGGGAGCCAACCAUGGAAGUACGACGCUGGAGCAAUGAUCAAGUGUACUCCUCUCGUGUUGCCGCAAACGAAUGUAAUCAUCUUCGGAUGCUACAGCCCCGAUGCCAACUUGCACUGUAUUGAAGGGGGACAGUCUAGUCCGACGUUGCGAUGGAAGGUGCAGAUAGGAAGCAAACCAAUUUUAUCCCAACCGGUAGCUUUAGGUGGUGAGAAUGAAGGAUUAAUUCUAGUUACCACUUUGGAUGGCACGUUGGCAGCAGUAAGCGCAGCCUCAGGUCAUUGUGUAUGGAGGCGAGCAUUAUCGUCGCGCAAUAUUCCGAUAUUUAGCACACCCACAUUUCUCUCCGAGUACAACAGAAUUGCCUGCUGUGGAGUGGAUGGCACCUUCGGAAUAUACGAUGCAUUAGGUGGGACGGAGAUAUCGAAUCAUAAGCUUCCCGGCAAUGUGUUUUCAUCGAUCGAAACAUUAAAACAUACCAACGAUCGAAUACAUUUCAUUGUUGGAUGUUACGAUCGAAACUUGCACUGCAUUGAAUAUUUACCGGUUGGCGGUGAAACCCUACUGCCCAUAUGGCGAAUAGAAGUUCAAUCACAAAUCUACGCAGCUCCACGAUCGGUUAAAGAUCAUCUGAUAGUUUGCACCACAUCGGGUUGGGUUAACUUAAUCGAUCCGAACAAAAUCGGCCAAGAGGCAACGACGGAGCCCAACAUUAUUGCCGCCAUGAAGAUGAAAGGUGAACUAUUUGCCACGCCUGUUGUACAUGGCGAUUUAGUAUUUAUGGGAUGUAGGGAUAACUUUUUGUAUGGCAUUAGGGUGAAGGUAUAACGGAGUGGGUGAUUAAUGAGACGAUUUCCUGUAUGAAAAUCCCGUGUGUCAGCAAGAUGCACCGAUGAAUUUUCGAUCCCGUAAGUGUGGAUCGUAUAGUUGAGCAGAGAAUAGAACUCAUCAGAGCUCGAUACGACAGAGCAAGCGUGGUGAACCCAAACUGAGACGGAGUUAUGGCGUGCAUGUGUCCGCCAAGACGACGUAUCGAGGACUUAUGACCGAGAUAAUGUAAUACAUUUUGCACGUGUGAGUGCACUAUCAUCAAAUGUUAAUGUGUCUCGUUUGAAUUUUGUGUCUAAACAACAAAACGCAAAAUUCCUUUGUUGAGUUCAAAAGCUAAAAGCUUCUAAAUUUUUUGAAUCAGGUAAUAGUUUACACAAAUUCGUUUAUCUUAAAAAAUUAAUCCGUUUCAUAAAACGUCACCCAGCUCGUGGCAGCCUUGCCCAGAUGGUCGACUUUUGUGCGCGGUCGGGGAUGACAGUGAUGACAGAUCUGUUCGCAAUCAAAACAAACCUACUGCGAAAAGGAAAAAUAUAAACACCGAAAGCUGUCGCAACAAACAGUGACCUUAUGCAAUUUUGUCGUAGAAACAUGAA